GUCGAGCGGUCAGUUGGUCUGCAACCCUUGAGUCGUCAGGUGGACGUCUCGUGUACUCGGUUCGCGUUUUCGAUUUUUUACUGGAACCAAUCGAAGGCUCCAUGUGCGGACUGUCAGGGAGCCAAGUUUCCGCUCGAGCAUAAUCGCGUGUGUUUUAAAAUUCAAAGUGAAGUGUCUGUCUCGUUUUUUACCUGUCUGACGCCGGCACAGCGCCAUGUUUAACACCAGUGCCCAGAAUUGGUUCGGCAUGGGCCAGACAUCGGUGGCUCCGGCCGGCGGUGUAGCCCAGUUGCUAAACAACAACUCGAAUCUCUACAAUCAGCCUCAGCAGACGACGCCCAAUCCCUUCAUGCGCCAACGAUCGCUGACAAGCUCCAAUCCUUCCCUGGAACGUUCAAACGCUAUAGCCAUCCGGCCGCAGUCGCCGCCCAACGUCCAUGUGGAGUAUGAGGUGGCAGUGCCAUUUGUCUCCGCCUAUCGGCACACACCAUAUCACUCACUCUGGGAUCUGCACCAGUGCUCAUCCACACCUCCGACUAGCCUGUCGCACAUGGCCCGGAUGAUGGACUCCCUGAUACUAGACUCUCUAUCCCCGUUUGCCUUCACCAAGAUAACCGCCACCAGCCGACCAUCUCGGAAUGCCAGCUUAAAGAAGGGUUCAGAUAGCGGACACUCGUCAACAACAGAGCGUCAUCGGCCAAUUAACAACUUGGGCUCGAAUGCACCUGGAGGAUUGGGCAUUGGAGGAAGUGUUCCCAUGCGCAGCAAGCAGCGACUGCCCACCCAAGUUUCCGCCGCAGAAGUGGCACCACAGCCGCGACCCAGUCAGACGGCCCAAAUGCCGUUUCCAUCGCAGCAGCAGGACAAUCGGUGGGUGUCCUCCUUGAGGCGUCGAGAUCCCGAGCUCCAGCCCACGCUUCCGUCUAUCAGUAGUAACGCGAACAGCAGCAGCCUGGGACAGAGUCACCACGGAAGUGCCGGGAACGUAGGACUAGCCGGCACAGGAGCACCCACAAACGCCACCAACAUGGGUGCCAUGCGGCUAGGGAGACCAACAAGAGCUUCUGCUAUGACCGCCGCUUUAAGGAAAAGUCGUUCUGUGGAGCGCCUGCGGGCACGGAAGCUCAGCACCAACACACAGCUUACUCUAAAGCACAAACCAGUAAAAAAGAACUCAUUGGAUGAGAACUCUAACUCGGAUGACCAGGAUGCCACCACAUCGCUGGAGGACAACUCGCACGCGCAGUCAAUAUCCACCAGCCACAACACGCCCAAGUGCUCACCAAAGACCAAGGCCAAGCACUUUUCGCCCCUUGGCUACGAGGCUCAUCUGGUGGACACCCUCGAGAAGGACAUACUGCAACGGCACCCGUGCAUAAAGUGGACAGAUGUGGCAGGGCUUAAUGAGGCAAAAACAAUACUGCAGGAAGCGGUCGUACUUCCGGUCAUCAUGCCAGAGUUCUUUAAGGGAAUCCGUAGGCCGUGGCGCGGAGUUUUAAUGGUAGGUCCGCCGGGUACAGGCAAAACAAUGCUGGCUAAGGCGGUGGCCACCGAAUGCGGCACCACCUUCUUCAAUGUCUCCUCCUCGACUCUCACAUCCAAGUAUCGAGGCGAGAGUGAGAAGCUGGUAAGGCUUCUCUUUGAGAUGGCUCGCUUCUAUGCCCCUAGCACAAUUUUCAUCGACGAAAUCGAUGCCCUGUGUGCAUCCAGAGGCAGCGACUCGGAGCACGAGGCCAGCCGACGGUUCAAGGCUGAGUUGCUGAUUCAAAUGGAUGGCCUUAAUGCUACUAUGCAGGAGGAAAAGGUGAUCAUGGUGCUGGCAGCCACCAACCACCCGUGGGACAUCGAUGAGGCUUUCCGGAGGCGAUUUGAGAAGCGGAUCUAUAUUCCACUCCCAAACGACGACACCCGAUCGGCUUUGCUAAAGCUCUGUCUAAAGGACGUCUGCCUGUCUCCCAGCCUGAACACUGGAAUGAUCGGCGACGAACUGCAAGGCUAUUCGGGGUCGGACAUAAGCAACGUGUGCCGCGACGCAUCCAUGAUGGCCAUGAGGCGCCUCAUAUCUGGACGCACUCCCGAUCAGAUCAAGCAAAUCAGGCGCGAGGAGGUGGACCAGCCGAUUACUUUACAGGACUUUCAGGACGCUCGGCAGCGCACCAAAAAGUCUGUGUCCGCCGACGACGUGGCCCGCUUUGAGAAGUGGAUGGAGGAGUACGGGUCCUGCUAGUUGUACGGGCUGCUGGCCCAGCAUCCUCGAUGAUUGUAUCCCAUGCGUACUUCCAAGUCUCAAGUGCAAUACUUUUCAAUCUGUAUAAAUCGUACUCGUUAGCCGUAAUGUUUUCUGUUUUAUAAAUGCUUAAUUGCUCAAGUGCCCCACGCCCAGCAUUGCCCCUCUAUGUACGUGCACACGGUAAUCUGAUAUCUUAUAAAUACAUGAUAUAUACACUGAA